AUGAAAACAAACAAUAUGGCUGACAUUUGUACAUACACUUGAAACGCUUAGAAAUAGAGAUCGCGCAAGAUCGGUGAUAGGAAAUGGCAAAAUAAAGAUGUUUCACAGUAGGAAGGGGCAGGUAGACUUCAAAAGAGUCACGACAAAGUUUCUGGAUGUAAAGAGAGAGUCACGCCAAAGAGCUCAUGCACUGCGAAUUCUUUUAGAUAACUAUGAAACUCAUGAAGCUAAGGUGUUCUUCCAAAGACAUUAUUCAGAAAUAUAUUACAUAUGCCAUGAUUACUUUUCCAUUGUCGAAGUAAAUCUCAGGCAGAAAGCAAGCAAGGCCGUGAGGGAAGAUCUUGACUGUGUUCUUUACAUAUUUGAGAAAAUACUACUUUUGCUUCCGGAACUGGUCCACGAAAGAUGGCAGUUUGCCAGCAUAGGAAGAACUAUGUUGAAAUUUCUUCAUCAUGGAAAUGCUUUCAAGCUCCGCAGCGAAGGUAUAAGGCUGUUGAUCAUUUGGCUUCAAGCUCUGCAGGAGAAUAUGGAUCUAUCAUGUGAGGUCAUCUUUGCUUGCGUCGUCCCUGGCUUCCCAAAUCCUCUUGAUAGCUUAGAUACGACUACCACUAGCGUGCCCAUACAUGUUUUGGAAGACAUUUGUAAUUUUGUCCGAGGAAGUGAUGGUGCGAAUUCCUCUGGAAGCAUGACCUUGCUACCCCUGGAAACUAAAGAUGGAGGAACAAGCAGUUGGUGUUCGCCUGAUGAACUUCAAAUUCUUGUCCCUUUGAUCAACCAAAGCCAGGCCGAAAAAAUCCCAGGUCUUGAAGAUUUAACCAAGGUUUACCUUGACCGAGUUUUGGACUACAUGAUUACACAGAUUUGUAAGAUUGAGUGGCUGGACAAGAGUAUGCGAAAAAGAGGUUUCGAAUGUCUUUUUAACCUGUUUAAGAAGUACUAUUUACAUCACGUGUUUCCCAUGUGGACACCACAGACUAAUUUGUACGCCACUAACCCAGACGACCAGGUGCGAGAACUGAACGUUGCUGUCUUAAAGAAUACCCAACCUUCUGGUAAUUUAACAAAAUAUGCCGAUUCGGUUGUAAAGUGGUUCGUGGCGUUUUUAUCCAAGAUAAAGCGUGUCGUUAAGAUGCAGGCUGGCGACCUGUCGUCGCCGAGGGAUACCUCCCAAUCAAUGGACACCCUAGGAGUAGCGGGCAGCGAAUCUCAGGUCUCGACCGCAUCGGAAAAUAGUCGUGCGGCGGCGAUCUACGAAGACCUCUUGCUCGGCGGUGAUAUAAUACUCGACGUCAUUUACUCGACACGCGAGAAUGUUCACAUUGUCCACGAGGUCUUUAGACAGGCGUUUAUUCUUACGAUGGACAAGAGUACUGUAAUUAAGGAGGUUCUAGUGGUUUAUUAUAACUGGUUGAAGAACGAAAACAGGCCAAAAUUCAUGCUUGAACCAGAUUUGGAAAUGAUUUCGAGCGACACCGACGAUGUUAGAGCUGGAAUGCAAGGAAAUGUUCGUCUGUUAAUAUAUCACUCGGCGUCUAUUUUCCUGAUUCCUAACACAACAACCUCGAUAAAACCUAAGGUUUAUUUCUGUGAAAGAGUUAUUCUCAUGUAUCGAAACAUUGUUUUGGAAACGUCCAUGGUGGCGAAAACAUGGGAACAGCUACUUGUGGUGUUGCUUACUGUUGCAAAACAUGUUCUCGAGGAUAAAAUCGUCGAGCCGAAGUCGUCCACCUUUGCCGGCCGUUUGGCCCCAAUCCUUUUCCAGACGUUGUUUGUUACAUGGAUACGCGCAAACUUGACUGUCACUGUCAGUGUUGAAUUGUGGGAUAGGUUCCUGGAUGUUUUAUCAUCUUUGACACACUGGAGUGAGGUCGUCUCCGAGUGGAAGUCAACGAUGGACAUUUUGACGAGCGUCAUAGCUGGCCGAGUGUACUCCCUCAACUUAAAAGAUCUCCCGUUGGACAGACUCAGCGAACAGAAACACAAAAAACGAAGGCAUUUGAUGGCUUCCAAGAACAGGCCGAACGAGAUCGACCGGGCAAAAGUCAUUCCCAGUCCGUCGGUGCAAGAAUCGAAACCGGAAGUUACGUCAUCAUCGGUAGCGCCCGUCGCCGUCGUGCCGAGCACCGUAACGAAACCUACCGAGCCUACGAAAAACGAUCCUAGCGCUUCGCUUGUCGAAAAUCAAGAUAAACUCACGGCAGAGAGAUCAGAGGAACCCGACACUUCUGACAAUGUUGCCCCAGCUGACGCAGAAACAAUCUCCCAGGGUGCACUCGAGCAGGGAUCUGAAAAAGGCUACGAUUCCGACGUCACGGACUCCGGCAGUGAACUAAGCUUUGGGAAGACAACAGCAAAAGCUUUGCCUUCCGACACCGCGGAUACCAGCCUCGGGAUAUUGGGAGUCUUCGAUACCUGGCCUACCGCUGGCACGGGCUCUUCGAGGGAGGGCUCGUUGGACAGGGAGAGGGGCGCGAUUUCGUCAAUUCCGGAGGAUGAGGAAAGUCUCAACGACAGCUCGAGUAAGGAAUGCAUCGAUGUUUCGGUCAGUCAGGAAGCGUCUGACGAGAACGAUGGUAGAGGUAGAAAAGAUGCAAGAAAAGCCAAACAAUUUUGGAAAGAUAGCGACGGAGGUGAUGAUAUUUCCUCGGACAGCGAGAACGUACCUGCUUCGUUUAGUAAUCCUAUUCACGAAGACGCCAGUUUCGACAGCGAGACUCCAGUGAGGACACAAAUGACGCAGAUGAUGGACGAGCAGCACGUCACGUUGGAAAUAGUGGAACCUUCGGUGCACAGCCUCGAUAUGGAUACUGAAGUCAGCGUGGUCUGUGGUGGCACAAAAGAGGGGUGGACCCCCGUAGCUGCUGUUGUGCUGUGGACGAGAAUGCUUGGCGUCUUGGGGAAUAUUAAUAACAUAGAGAAUGCCUCAAUACAUGCACAGGUCCUUAAUUCUCUGUCUGAAAUAUGGCAUUUACUAGCCAAGAUCAGAUUAAAUCAAGGUAUUUCUGAAGACAAUAAAUCGACACCUUCGUUACCAAAUCUGCUUCCGCCUUUGCACUAUUUUGCUUCUUGGCUGUUCCAGGCAGCGUAUCUACCACAGAAGUACAAGCAAGGUCGACUUAUUGCCUAUCAACUAAUGUGUGAAAUGACCGUAAGACGGCAAGAUAAUCCAUUAUCUGAAGACUAUCUCAGACACUUUUAUCGCUGUUUACACGAUGGUCUUACAAACUCGGAUCAGGAUAUUAUCAAUGCCAUCAUGAGUAAAUGCGACAAUUUCUUUGGCAUGGUUUUGCCCAGUUCUUCUCUUCUUAUCUUGGACUUCAUGUACGCAGCAACAACGAUUAUCGAGAGUGCAAACACUGCGUAUCCGAGAACAGAGGCUGUCACAAUCCUAGGAUCUCUUCUGUGUUAUCCAAAUGCUUUCCCGAACAUGAAAAUUUAUCAGAUUGAAUCUGCAACGUUGAAAGACCAGCCUACGGUCACCCUUUGCCGGGAGAUAAAGGACAAGCUGAGUGAUACCCUGUACAAAGCUGCCGUCACAGAUCCUGAUUGCCACGCGAGGUGUACAGCGCUUUGCGCAAUCGGAAUAUUUAUCGUGGAAGAACUGACUCACAACAAAGGACACAAUCGUAUUCAUGUUUACACUUCGCUUCUGCUGACAUCCAUUAUGUUUAAAAAUUGUUCUGUAUCCAGUGUGGCGAUUGGCUUAGUCCAAAACCUUUCAGAAUAUCACGAACAACUGUCUAAUUUUGAUCAAGACCUUCCUUUGAAAAUCCUUCAGGUUUUAUGUGAGGUGAUCAGACGCUGUGUUAAUGAAGGAUCUGGAUUGAACAGUUCUCAUAUCGUUAAGAUUCUUAAUCCGUUGAUGUUUUGUCUUCUGGAUUGGGUUAUGGUAAUAUCGCUGAGCUCUUUACUGAAGGUGCAAGAGAACAAUCAAACCACUCUGGCCCAAGUGUUUCAGGCUCUUAAAUAUGUUGUUUCGAACAAUUCAACGAAAUCCGAUCGAGAAUUCAGUAUCAGUCGCAUGAUAUCUCGUGAAGAUCUCCAGAUACACCUGGGUCAAAUACAUCAAGAUAUUGUCGACUCGGCUCCUUCUAGUCCCGCAGAGUUUGGAGACAGCGGGUCAAAUAUUAGCGUUCAAACAAUGGAACGCGUUAGGAAAACUGCAAAAGCGGUCAUUUUACAUAUUGUCAAUCAUUUGAAUCAUUUUCCCCUGGCUGCUGGGGCUGCACGAUUGACAAGCCUCGUCAACGAAAAUCAAGACAAUCCUUACUGCACUGAACAACAAGAGCUCACCGCUGCUGUUUUCUCGUCCCCCAAUGCACAGUUCUUUGUUGUAAACGAUUCGUCGCUAAUUUCUAUGGUCGAGCUACCUAUUCAAGACGUUGCUCCGAAAGACGAAAACUUGCUUUGUGGGAACACCACGGUUCGUCUCAUCGUGCGAGACAUGUGCGGAAAACAUUGCCUGGAUAUUUCAACAUUGUUUGGGCCUCGAAUUGACACCGAACAUUCUUUUCCGGGUGUUUUGAAAAGUAUAUUCAGCCAGGAAGAACUGGAUGAAAUAUUGGACUCUGGCCAAAGCAGAUCGCUUCGUCGGCAAUCAUCAGCGUCAAUACAAACAGAUAAAAUCGACCAGUUACUAAAAGGCAUUGGUUCAACCAGCCCAGAGUGUUUAUUCUAUCCUCAUUUAUCCCUAAACGAGCCCGCACCACCACCAUAUCCCCUGAACGAGGAAAUGGAACAGUCGUUGAUCGAAGCAAUUCAAGUUCAAAAGGAAAGAGAAGAACAAUUUUGCGACACUGCUCUUGAUGACCCAAGAUUAAAAGGAAAGCCGGUGUUUCCAAAGAGUUACCAAGAACCCAGUAAUCCAUUUCAUUUAUCGCAUUUCCUCUUUAACCAACUUGGAAUGUUUGGUUGGGAAAAGAGAUCGAGAAUAGAUUUAUUGAAGAAGAGUGACAAACUCAUACGAGAGUUGAAACAUCUUGAUAAUAGAAAAAGUCGUGAAACGCACAAGAUUGCGGUAUUUUACGUGGCGCCUGGGCAGGAGGAUAAGACAUCCAUCAUGAGUAACACUUCGGGAAGUAAGGAAUACGAAGAUUUUGUUGCCGGCCUUGCUUGGGAGGUCGAGUUAUCAACACACACUGGUUUCAUGGGUGGUUUAGACAAGAAUCAAUCCACUGGCACCACGGCUGUUUACUACGCAAACUCAACCGUUGAAGUUAUGUUUCACGUGGCAACAAGAAUGCCCGUGUCCUCGGACGAAGGCGGAUUCAUCAAGAAAGUUCGCCAUCUUGGAAAUGAUGAGAUUUGGAUUGUCUGGUCAGAACACUCGAGAGAUUUCCGUCACGGCAUUGUGAAUGCAGAAUUUGGUGAUGUUGCUAUUGCAAUCUAUCCUUUGCAGAAUCAUCUCUUUAGAAUACAGAUUUUAAAGAAAGGGGAUAUUCCGUAUUUUGGCCCGUUGUUUGAUGGAGCGAUCGUGGACCGUCGUGUUCUCCCGUCGUUGGUUCGUAUGACGGCCGUCAAUGCUAGCCGCGCUAAACGAUCUCUCAUACCUGGAAUGCAGACUUUCUACGAAGAGCGAGCUAGCUGCAUCAGUAAUAUAGUUAAUCAUCACAAAGAAACGACGGUUUUCGAAGAUUUCGCCGAAAAAGUGUUUUGUCCGGUCCCAAGAAAGUCGGAGGAAAACGAGCAAGUGGUUUCAAUUUCGACGCAUUUAAUGCGACAGACUUCCGGGGGGGAGUCGCCCGCCGCGAAGCGGGAGGGGUACAGCACCUUACCAUCGUCAUCCAAAACUAUCGCUAAAACUGUCUCAGAUAGAGAAGCCAUAUCAUCUACUGUCUCCUUACCCGAGGGGCUUCACAAAGUUAUUCAAAGCGAAAACACUCUUCCAGCUCCAAAGUUGGGCGGGAAAAAAUUGUCGUUCAGAAGAAAGCUAACUCCUUCGACCAAAGAAGAGAAUACAGAAUAGAAAGUUAAAUAUACGAACGAACAUUCAUAGCAAUACAUUUUAAAUACAGCAUAGCUAUAUAUGUAUUACGACAAGUGCAAGACGAAAUUACGAACUUUGAAAAAUUUGCCUACAA